AAAAAAUUCUCAUUGCUCAAAAAAAACAAGGCUUAUUUAUCAAAAUUCACCUAAAAAAAGACUUAUUGCUAAAAAAAUUGAUUCUAAAAAAAUACUUAUUUUAAAAAAACUUGAUUCUAAAAAGAGACUUAUUUCACUUUCUAAAGAAAACUACUUACUUCACAAGCAGUUAAUCCAAUUAGCGGUCCUUCUUUACAGUCGUUUUUGUCUGGACUAGGGAUUCAUAUGUGGCAUGUUCUCGACAAAAAAAAAUGAUCAUCAGUUACCAGGUGUAUAGUAUGUGGUUGUAAUAAUAACAAUCAACAAUCACUACAUCGAUAGUGUAUCACCACUAGGUAAUAAUUUACAUGUUUCUAGGCAUUUCAUUGUUAUGUACAAAUAGGGAAGUGAGUAUUCAAAUGUCACCAACAAGUAAAAUACGGUAUUAAUACAUCAUAAAACUAUAUAAUGCAAGUUUUACAUUGAUGGAGAAUGAUAUUAGUAUCCUGAUAAACAAGAUAAUAUAAAAGAUAAUCUAGCAAGCAAGUGGCAUAACUCUUGUUUAUCCAUAGCGAGGCAAACUUAUCAAAACUUUUCUCUCUCUGUUGUUAUUAAGCAUACUAAGUCUUGUGACAAUCUUGCUGAUUUGUUCACUAAAUCAUUAUCGGCGCCAUCCUUUGAGAGAUGUGUGUGUGGAAUCGGUAUGAUGAGACUUAGGGAUAUGCAAGGUUCAGGGGGAGAAACUUCACAAACUCGUCGUUAAAAUCUCGGUCCCGAUGAUCGAAUACUCAACUUCACGGUUGAGUGGAUUGUACUCUUUUUUCCUUGAGUGAGUUUUCCUGAUGUUUCUCACACGAGGUUUUUGACGAGGCAAUUCGUGCAAUACAAUAACGUAUACUAUGUGCUCUUUCUCCAUAUUUUUCUCACUGGAUUUUUUGGAGUUUGAGGCAUGAAUAUACGGAUAACUGCCCGAGGGGGGUGUUGGGAAACUGAUGGGCCGAUAGGAGCGGCCGCAGCCCGACUCAGCCAACGCCCUCCUGUUGACCGAGCGUUUCCCUCGCUUAGUGUAAAGUGGGCACUUAUCCCUCCACACCCUAGUUAUAUACAGAGGAAAGCACCCUUUGUACAUACAGUGGAUGAUGAUUAAUAAAGAGAGCACUACCCCUACAUCUCUGUGUCAGUUUUACUUCUUGUACCUUUACGUGAUCGACUACGCCUACGAUGCUAUCGUUCCGCAACCCUUAGACCGGACUCACCGGCAAAAGUUGUGGAACAAUUAGUACGACUAAUCUGUUGCCUUUGCGAGAAAGAAUGGUGUUGAAUCAUAUACCACGCCUAGAUUAAUAAUGUUUGGAAAUUAUUUCAGUCAUCAAGUCUUCUACAUUUUUUUUUGCGGGAGAACUCUUCUACAUAUAAGAAAACCAUACUAUGUAGGUUCAUCAUAACUUGCAACAAGAAUAUAUAUAUUUUUUUGAAAUGGUCACCGGGGGGGAAAGGCUCCUCACCUGAAUAUAUUUCAAAAGGCCAUAAUGCCAAAUUAAACAACCAAAUCAUAUUCUCAGGACUUUUUCAAGAAGAAGCAACAAUCGUUGCUUGUCAUUUUCAUUAAGAUUGGGGAAGAAGAGCGUAUUGUAGUAGUAGUAGUAAAGUUGUAUGCAUCAGCUACCAGUUAUCACUUAUCAGUAACACUCGAGCCCAAAAUCUUACCGAACUUCCCAACACCCACUUCCGUCAGUUGUUUAUUUUUCAAUUAUCUCAUAUAAGAACAGCACCAAAUUCAAAUUGUUGAAGUACCCAUGGGCCAUGGAAUAGUCUGAUGCCAGGUCGGUCCAACACAACACAAGCCCUAGAAUAACAGCUUCUCACCAUAUUCAGAAAGAAGAAAGGUGCACAGCUCACUCACUCAGAUACGGUGCUACGACGAAAAAGAUGCGAAUGACGCGCACUUGAGAGUAUUUUACUCUGAGAGAUCUCUUACUCUGAGAGAGUCCAGGAAGCCAGAAGAGCUAUACUAUCAUCAACUUGCACUUGUAUAAUGGAUCCGACCAGCGUCAAUAAUGUGUCAAUGUGUGCAGUCUAGAGCCUAAUAAACAUUUGAAAAACUGGCGUAAUGGUGCGUCUCCGCCGACCAGGAUGGUCUCUACCUACGAUUAAGUAAAACCAGAAUCAUCUCUGUUCUGUUAAUCAGCUGAUCAAUAUCAAUUUUUUGUAAGAAAAGUGUAACGCCCAUACGUGUGGGGGUUAGCCAACUCACCUACAUGCCUUCAUCACCGUCCAAUAACUUAUGCAUGAAUCUUGGCACGAAUUAGCUGAUUUUGUAUACCACGUAAGACAACUCGCGUGUGUGGUGUGUGAGAAAGGUCGCCCACACAUUCGUUUUACCACACGAAGGGGCCGGUGUGUGGGCGUUUAGCAGUUCGCCCACACACCAGUUUUCAGUCACGCACAAGGGCUGGUGUGUGGGCGUUUGCCAUCUCGCCCACACGCACGCCUCCUCUCCCACACCCAAGCUGCCAGUUGCCAUGCGUUUUGCAGUGUACAUGGCAACUGCCCUAGUAUGAUUGCAAGCAGAUGGCAACUUUUUUUUUGUACCCGAACAUGUCAGUUGCCAUAUGUUUUGCAUGGUACAUGGUAAACUGCCCUAGCGUGCACGUAAGCAGAUGGCAACUCUUUCUUUUUACAUGGCAGCUGCCCUAGCGUGCUUGUGAGCACAUGGCAACUCUCUCUUUUACCCGAACAUGUUUUUUUGCCAUGCCUUUUUUUGUAGUGCUACAUGACAACUGCCUAGUGUUAGUAGGGGGCAACUCCUAAAGUUUUGAAAUCAUAGCAACUGCAGUAGACCAGACCACACAUGGCAACAGUUGUAGUCGUUCAAAAACUGGUAAUCUGGAACUUUGACCUGAGAUGGCAACUGCAGUUGAAAAAACAUGGCAACUGUAGUUGUCCGACAUGGCAACCGUAGUUCAGCAACAUGGCAACUGCACUUAAACGAACAUGGACGAGGGUCCGGCCCAUGGCAACUGCGGGCGCGCGGUAAAGUCACGUGGGGCGUGCGGGACCACGAGGUACGAGGCCUGACGUACCGGGCGUGUGGGCGUUAUCUAUUUCGCCCACACGCACGCGUAUAAGAGGGACCGGGAGGGAAACAAAGAGGCGUGUGGGCGCUAGUUGUUUUGCCAACACACAGGCGUGUGGGCUGGUCCUCUUAGGCACCACACAGAACAUGUGGGCAGAUCCCUUAACGCCCACACGUGUGGCAGUUAUCGGCGUCUUUUUUUUUAUUGCAUCAGUGCCUCCGAAUCCGAUUCAGGUAUCUGAUGAAGGAAAGAGCUCUAGCACUUCUGAUUUCUUGGAAGGAAGUUCUUGUUUCCAAGAAGCAGCCCUGUGUAGUCAGAUGCAUGUGAACAUGUUGACUACUGCAGCAGCAUUACGCCUCGUCAUUAAAUAACGGGAGCAAGUUGGAGGGACGGCUCCUCCUCCUUUUCAGUUUCAGUUAUCAGCCACUUGAGCCCACUGAUCGAUGGCACGUCCAAAACCAGCGCACCACGCCCCAUAUUCCCUCACCAACCUUCACUUCUCCACACCCAUGGCCGCUCGUCUCUGCAUCUGCAUGGCGGCGCUCCUCGUCUCGCUGAUGCCAUGUGGCGCGGCACAGCCGGCGUCGUCCAACGCCGCGGACCUGGCCGCGCUGCUCGCCUUCAAAGCACAGGUCGAGGACCCUCUCGGCAUCCUCGCCGGCAACUGGACCGCCGCCGCGUCCCCUUGCUCCUGGGUCGGGGUCUCAUGCGACCGCCGCGGGCAGCGCGUCACCGGCCUAGAGUUCGACGGCGUGCCGCUCCAUGGCAGCAUCGGCCCGCAGCUUGGCAACCUCUCCUUCCUCUCCAGCCUCGUGCUCAGCAACACGAGCCUCGCCGGCCCCGUGCCGAGCGAGCUCGGCGGCCUGCCCCGGCUCCAGAACCUCGUCCUCUCGUACAACAGUUUGUCAGGUGCCAUCCCCUCCGCCCUUGGCAACCUCACUGGGCUCCAGUCUCUUUACCUCGACAGCAACAACUUCUUCGGCGCAAUCCCAUACGAGUUUCAACACCUGAGGAAACUUCAGUCGCUGAGAUUGUCACACAAUGACUUGAGCGGGCCGAUACCGCCUGGCCUGUUCAACAACACGCCCGAUCUGCGUGUGGUACGUCUCGGGUCGAACCGGCUGACGGGAGCGAUUCCUGACAGCAUCGGCUCGUCGUCGAAGCUCGAGUGGCUGGUCCUGGAAGGCAAUCUUCUCUCAGGCCCCAUGCCUCCUGCUAUCUUCAACAUGUCCCAGCUGCAAGUCAUAGCCAUCACAAGGAACAAUCUCUCAGGUCCAAUCCCUGGAAAUGAGAGCUUCUACCUCCCCAUGUUGGAAGUGUUGUCCCUCAAUGAAAACCAGUUUGAGGGACCUAUCCCGCCAGGUCUUUCGGCGUGUCGGAACCUUGACACGCUCUCCCUCGCCGUGAAUGAUUUCACCGGUCCCGUGCCAUCGUGGUUGGCAACAAUGCCGAACCUCACAAGAAUUUACCUGUCAACAAAUGGCCUCACUGGAAAGAUCCCUGUGGAACUGAGCAACCACACUGAGCUUCUCGGUUUGGACCUUAGCCAGAACAAACUUGAGGGGGGAAUCCCACCAGAGUUUGGACGGCUGACAAACCUCAGGUUUAUGAGCUUUGCCAACAACCGAAUAACAGGUCCCAUUCCUGAUUCCAUAGGCAAUCUUUCUAACCUCACAACCAUAGAUUUCUAUGGAAAUGGUUUGACUGGAUCCGUGCCAAUUUCAUUUGGGAACUUGCUGAACCUUCGUCGCAUCUGGCUUGAUGGGAACCAGCUCAGUGGGAACCUCGACUUCCUGUCUGCAUUCUCAAAUUGCAGGAGCCUGAAUACAAUCAGCAUGGCAAACAACACAUUCACAGGGAGUCUGCCAGCCUACAUUGGAAACCUUAGCACAGUCCUCGAGACUUUUAUAGCAGAUAACAACAGGAUCACAGGAAGCAUCCCGGGUACAUUUGCCAAUCUUACCAACUUAUUGACUCUGUCACUCAGUGGAAACCAGCUGAAUGGGACGAUCCCCACACCAAUCACUGCAAUGAGCAAUCUCCAAGAACUCAACCUUGCCAACAAUAGCUUGUCUGGCACCAUUCCAGCAGAAAUCAGUGGAUUAACAAGCUUGGCUAAGUUGCAUCUUGACAGCAAUAGACUCAUUGGUCCCAUUCCAAGCAGCGUCAGUAACCUAAGCCAGAUACAGAUUAUGACACUAUCCCGCAACUCGUUAUCUUCAAAUAUACCAACAAGUCUAUGGCGACAACAAAAACUAAUUGAGCUUGAUUUGUCACAGAACUCUUUCAGUGGUUCCCUGACGGAAGAUGUAGGGAAACUGACUGCAAUUACCGAGUUGGACUUGUCGAGUAACCAGCUAUCAGGAGAUAUCCCAACUUCAUUCGGCGCAUUGCAGAUGAUGAUCAAUCUGAAUCUGUCCAGAAACUUAUUAGAAGGAUCAAUACCAGACUCACUUGGAAAGUUAUUAAGUAUUGAGGAGUUGGACUUCUCCUCCAAUGCACUUUCUGGCGCCAUUCCGAAGUCAUUGGCCAACCUCACUUAUCUUACCAACCUGAACCUCUCUUUCAACAGGCUAGAUGGACAGAUACCAGAAGGGGGGGUGUUCACCAACAUCACCUUCAAAUCAUUGAUGGGAAAUAGUGCACUCUGUGGCCUUCCAAGGUUAGGAAUAGCGCCAUGCCAAAACAACACACACUCAAGGUCAAAACAACUACUGCUGAAAGUGAUAGUACGUGCAGUAGUGACAUUAUCUAUUUUAUCAGCUUGCAUGUACAUGUUAGUUAGAAGAAAGAUGAAUAAGCAAGGAAAGAUGUCACUACCCUCAAACACAGACUUGACGAACUACCAGUUGAUCUCAUACCAUGAACUUGUCCGUGCAACAAGCAACUUCAGUGAUGAUAACCUGCUAGGGGCUGGAGGCUUUGGUAAAGUCUUCAAAGGUCAGCUAGAUGAUGAGUCUGUCAUUGCGAUAAAGGUCCUCAAUAUGCAAGACGAAGUAGCUUCAAAGAGCUUUGACACGGAGUGCCGUGCACUACGAAUGGCCCGGCACCGCAACCUGGUCAGGAUAAUUAGCACUUGCUCUAAUCUUGACUUCAAAGCAUUGGUUCUUGAGUAUAUGCCUAAUGGCAGCUUAGAUGAUUGGUUGCAUUCAAGCGAACGGAGGCACAUCAGUUUUCUGCAAAGGCUUGGAAUCAUGCUGGAUGUUGCAAUGGCAGUGGAGUACCUGCAUCACCGGCACUUCGAAGUUGUCCUGCAUUUUGAUUUAAAGCCGAGCAACAUUUUGCUUGACAUGGACAUGACUGCACAUGUUGCCGAUUUUGGGAUUUCCAAGCUGCUGGUUGGAGACGACAACUCUAUCGUGUUAACGAGCAUGCCCGGCACUGUAGGAUACAUGGCACCAGAGUUUGGAUCAACGGGGAAAGCAUCACGGAAGAGUGAUGUUUACAGCUUUGGGAUUGUUCUCCUUGAAGUCUUCACGAGGAAAAAACCGACUGAUCCAAUGUUUGCUGGUGAGCUGAGCUUAAGGCAGUGGGUUAAUCAAGCAUUCCCAUGUGAACUGUCAAGUGUCACUGACCGUGGCCUGCUGCAAGAUGAACCAAAGCACGGCAUUGAUAAGAUAAGCAAUCCCUCCGAGGACUCCUCUGCCGUCUUGAAUACUUUCCUGGUGUCCAUCGUCGAGUUGGGCUUAGUUUGCUCAAGAACUGCACCUGAUGAGAGAAUGCCAAUGGAUGAUGUGGUAGUCAGAUUAAACAAGAUCAAGUCAAAUUACUGUUCUCAAGUAAGGAAAUAAAGCAGAGCACCCUGCCUCACUCCUCACAAGAAAAAGCACCAGCAAACGGAGCAACAACAUAAAUUCUGACAUUAGCUGGCUCAGCUAGCUCUUUGUAAUGACUGUAAUUCUUCAUAUGACAGUAUAUAGUCGCUCUCUGUUCACCUAAAAAAACUGACAUUGUAAUGCCAUCCAAUGCAAAUAUCCCAUUCACAGCGUGAAACCCUAUAAAUCGUCACUUGGAGCGCAACUGUUUCUAUCGGAGCGGCUGCGGCAGGAGGACUGCUAACCAGUGUGUUAAGGCAUCAACUGGUAAAGCAUCACGGAUGAGCGAUGUGUUCAGCUAUGGGAUCAUGAUGCUAGAGGUCUUCACAGGGAAAAGACCCACUGACCCGCUGUUCUAUGAGGAGCUCAGCUUGCGGCAAUGGGUUACUGAAGCAUUUCCAACCAGGCUUAUAGAUGUUGUUGACAACGAGGUUCUAUCACACGGAAUCAAGAGUGAUUGCCAUGAUGGCAAUGACAGCACAUCGAGAGAGCAGUCUAUCAUUCUCAACACAUGCCUUGCAUCUGUAAUAGAGUUCAGUUUACAGUGCUCAUCAACGAUAUCUGAUGAAAGAACCGCAAUGGACAAGGUGGUAGUGAAGCUGAACAAGGUAAAGGUAGAUUACUGCUUGCAAAUGAGGUAGAGGACGAGCAAAACCACCUUCUGGCUUUUGCUAUCAUAUCGCCUGGAACAGAAGAUCCUCUACUUCUUGAGUUAACGACAAUAAGAAUUACCAGUUAUGUAGUAGAAAUAGAACUGUAAUCAUGCGCCAAUUGUAUAACUUGUUCUCUGUAACAGAUGGUCAAUAAUCUACUCCCUCCGUAAACAAAUAUAAGACGUUUUAGAUCACUAAAGUUGUAAACAGAUCAAUGCAGUCUGCUGGAUUAAGCAUCGUACAGGAAACUUA